UCAGACAAAGUGAAAAUAAUGUUCAUAAUAAUAAUAAUAAUAAUAAUAAUAAGAAUAAUAAACCCCAGUGUGCCAUUAAAAUGACCCUCUGGGAUGGUCCACCCACUACAGGUGUAUCUAUCGUUUCUCUUUGUGACGACACGCCGCGAUUAUGCGCCCAUGCUGCUUUGAGAAACUCCACUAGAAGUACCCGACCCUGCACAAAACAAGAAAGCUAUAUUACCAUUACACCAACGCUUACUUUACGCAUGGAAGCUCUUUAUGGAACAGCUCUUCGUACUGUUAAUUUCCAAGCUCGCUAUGAAUUCAUUUCGACUCUCCAAGGCGGUGAGCUCUGGGGUGAAGGACCUUGUAGCCGCGUCUGGCGUAAAGUCAAAAGCGGGGAAGUAACAUCACCAAAGGACGUACGCUUGUAUGGUCGAGGAGGGCAAUCGAAAUUGGAAUGCUCUUAUCGGAUAGAGGCUGGCGUAGGUGAACGUAUAAGACUUACUAUUCACAAUGUAAGUCUAGGUGAUGCGACAAAUUGUCUCAGUGAAUUGGAUAUUCACUCAAGUCGACCGAAAUGCCUUCCUGACAUCGAUACCCGAGACGCUAAAUUGACGUUAUAUGAAGCGCCAUGGCGCGAUGUUAAGUUACCCCGGGCAUGUCUCUGUGACAACACUUCUCACUUACCUCUCACUUACAUAUCUGUGGGAAAAGCGCUGGAGUUGACGUUUUUGGUGGAUGAACAAGCGCCUUACGAAGACUUUGAAACUCUUUUCUUCUACGCGAGUUUUGAGCUGAUUCGCGUGCCUGAAUGCCCCAGGAAACAGCGGCUCCGUGGAGAAGGUGGAGAGCUGAGAUUUGUAUCCCCACCACUUUCCCGACCGGAUAUUUACUGCGAGGGGAUGCCGUGGCUCGUCGAGGCAAGAGAAACCCGAUCAUUAUUUGUACUGACGUGGGGUUGGUUUUUACCCCUCGAACCAUCGAUGGUAUCCUCGGUAUCAGCUGCGUCAUCUGGAGCUGCCGGAUCUUCGCAUCACCAACAAUCUCCUCAAGAAUCUCCAGAACCAUUUGUAAAGUGCCCCACAUCUAAUCGACUUCUUCUUUACUCCGGAUGGCCGAUGAAACUUUUGAAAGUUGUGUGUCCAGUGGAGCCUGGAGCUCGAGACCGGACUGUUCAUAUAUUUUCCGAGGAGUGGCUGUUAGCUGCUGGUAACUCUGACGAACACUGGUUAUCGCCAGCACGUCCAGCGUCUCUUCUCGUUGAGUUCGUGGCACGAGAGCCUGGACAAGCUGCGGCUUCAUGGCUGGAAAUAUCUAAAAGUCGAUCGGCAUUGCACAGACAACUACGUCUUCCAGGACGAACAAAUGAUAACGAUACAAGUACUGCUGAUUGUCUUCAUACUUGUCCAGAACUAGGUGCAUGUAUUGCUUCUAGUUUAUGGUGUGACGGACAUAUUCACUGCCCUUCAGGACACGACGAGGCUAAUUGUGGAAGUGGCGCACGAUUACUAGGUCUACUUCCGCCUGGCAUGUGGCUAGUUGUUGCUGUUAUUUCCGGAAUAGUUACUGCCUUUGCGUGUCUUCUUACAAUACUCGUGUGCAAAUCAAAAACUCGUGCUAAGAAGCUAUGUUACGAUGACGAAGUAAAAAGAUCUGGGGGUGUUCCACGGAGAGCGCCUACUGAAGAGUCUCUACUGGGUUCUUGACAGCAGUCUCCCGGUUUCGUGGAAUAUAUUCACGUUGACCGGGAGACAACGGUUUAGUAUAGCUUUGGAUUUAUUGUUUCGUGAAGGUUUGCCGUCCACUAAUUUAACUCGCCGGAUUCC